GAGUCGGCAUGUUGAAGUCCGGCCUUUUUCGCCUAGGGAUGCGGCGGAGUUGGGCCUUGAGCCGGCAGGUUUCCGAGACUCGGUUCCCCGGGAAGCGGUGGCUGGUGGCUGGCCUGGGGAACCCCGGAAUGCCCGGCACCCGGCACAGUGUGGGCAUGGCGGUGCUGGGGCAAAUAGCACAGCGACUGGGAGUGGCGGAGAACUGGGCUAAGGACUCGCGCUGCGCUGCCGACGUCGCCUUAGCCCCGCUCGGGGAUGCUCAGCUGGUACUGCUCCGGCCACGGCGCCUCAUGAAUGUCAACGGGCGCAGCGUAGCCCAAGCUGCGGAGCUCUUUGGGCUGACUGCGGAGGAGAUCUAUCUGGUACAUGAUGAACUGGACAAGCCUUUGGGAAAGCUGGCUCUGAAGCUGGGGGGCAGCGCAAGGGGCCAUAAUGGAGUCCGUUCCUGCAUUAGCUGUCUGAACUCCAAUCUUCUUGAGCGUGUCCAGCAGUUUCUGUGGGGUGAGAAUGUGCGUGGAUCCUGGGAAGGCAGAGAAGACAGUGAACUUACUUACCUACUGCAGCCUGAGGCUUCUGUCCCUGAUUCUCCAUCCCCCCAACCCGGUCUGGGUCCAGUGGAAGCUAGGAGGGGUUUGGGGAUGGAACCCGUGGGACCCGUCAAAUAGGCUAAGGAGGUAUUUAGGCUCAGACAGGGUCCCAGGCUGACCCAGGAACCAUUUCUCAGAGUCUAGUGCCAUCUGUCUGGUGACUGUGCUUCCUUCAUUCUCUUGAAGUCAAGGGGAAGCCAGGUAGAAAAAUUUCAAAUACGGUAAGAGACAGUGGCUGAGAAAGGCAGAGGCUUAUAGGUGUCUCUAUGGGAGAGAAUGGUACCUGGCAGGGCUUGGGGACCCAUUAACUUCUGGGAGCCAGCAUGUUGGUGCUGGCACAGCGGGGGACCUCAGGUGUGAGGGAAAGGGCAGGGACCUGAGGCCUUACCUUGUGGAGACCGUAUUGUUAAGAGACGUGUAUUGUAAGAGAUUAGAAAUGCUUGCAAAAGUUUAAGCUAAUGGAAUCAGAUAUACUUCUAGAGCAAAGGUUAAAAAAAAAAAACAAAUAAAAAGAUUUAAAUGAAGGCCUUUGUCAUAGAGAUGUAGGUGCACUAAGAUGAUGCAUGGACGAGUGGUUUGGGCAUGGCUUAAUCAAACAGAAUGGAGGUGACAGUGGAGUGAGCAUGAGGCGUGCAUGCACGCAGCAGUGGGUGCAAAGCAGGGUCCUGGUGGGACAGGAGAACCAAAGGAAAGGUCUGUUCUUGAAAAUGUGCCUCCCUGGGGACCUGCAAGCAGUAGGCCUCUGUGGGAGUGGGGAGCGGGGAUCCCAUUCCAGACUUCUGUUCCAAGGGCAAGAACAAGGAGCUUUGUUCCCUGUGUCUCGGACAACUACUUGCUCAGUGACCUAGGAGCUUCCUGGUCAGCCUGGACCAGCAGAAGAGCAAUAGUCUGAGAGGAUCUUCCAGGUCCUGUCUCUGCAUUCACUGUUCUGUUCUAGAAGUCCAUCCCUGGCUAUGCCCUGGGUCAGCAAGCACGCUGCCCUGAGUGGUCCCUGUCCCCGCCCUGUGCUUUAAGGCUGUUUCCUUACUCUGCAGAUGUGCAGCUCCUUACACAGAUUGGAUGUGGAGUCAGGAGUUUUUAUACUGCCCCUUCUGCUCAAGCACACUCAUUUCAGUGAGCUAGCUAGUCUUCCUAGAAGCCCUAGGACUGGUCAAAGGCCUUCAUAAGUGAAGGGACAUCAGCAUGAGCUAGUGCCAGAGGGAGGGCCAUCCAGACCUCCACUCCCUCCAUGGCUGGCUCUGGAUCUAGUGAGGAGGGGCAUAGGGCUUCCUAAAGUCACCAAGGAUCACACUGGUGUGUGAAUGACCUGUUCCCUGUGCUGGAAACUGGUCCAGGAAACUGAAAGUCUGUUUUGAUCUUGAAGGCAAAUUUAAAGGGGUUCCUUUGAUCAGAGGCUUGUUCAAAGGACCUCCUCACUUUUCACAUGUACAUUCAGAAAGUUGGGGAGGUCAGAGAGAGGUCAGGGAACCCAUGAUCUAGAAUUUUCUGAUACUAUCUUAUCCCUAACCAUUGGGCCUUCCUAGUCUUUACUGAAGAACAAGCGUAGAGCUAAAUCUUGGUGAGCCAGUGAGGCCUCGCUCAGUAGCAGGCUAGUUCCAGGCCUUCCCUUGAUCCAGGUCACCCAGAGCCAGGUCCUGACAUCCAACAACCUGAACUGUCUCCAUACUGCACAAGGGACUCAGUACCAACACCUCAAAGUGAGUGAGGCGAGCUGCACUUUGCAGUUGAUCUCAUGUUGGUCUCCAAAACGUUGGCCACGCUGGCCUUCUACUCAAGAACCCUGAGGCUGGGUGAUUAUAAAAUGCCAGCAGUGGCCUCCAAAGAUGAAGCUGAGGCAUAUUCAAAUGCCCAUCUCAUUCUUCAGACUUAGGGGGUGGCCCUCUGGAUUAAGAGUUCCCUGGAGCCUUCUGGGAAAGAAGCCAGCCUUAUCAGAGGGGCAAGCAAGGGAUGCUUGGAUGUCAGAGCCAACAGCCCAACCAGGAACACAGCACCUGCCAAGUGAGGGGGACGGUGGGGGUGAUGGUGACACACACCUUUAGUCCCAGCACUGGAGAGGCAA